GUCUCACUGUUGUUGAAGGAAGUGUUCAGCACACGCGGUGCACAGUUACGUUGAGUGGAUGGUUAGCAUAACUUAGUUGCUGCGAGCUAACUGGGAGUGUGGGUGUAUUUCGCCUGUCAGUUCUUAUAAAAUCAACUGAAGGACUGUGUGCCAUGGCAUCAGACUGGUUGGGCAGCCUUGUGUCUGUAAACUGUGGAGCCACGCUGGGUGUAUACCAGGGAGAGGUCUCCGCUGUUGACCCAUCCAGUCAAACUAUCUCUCUGAGACAACCAUUCCACAAUGGCAUCAGGUGUCCUGUUCCUGAGGUGACGUUUAGUGCUAUGGACAUUAAUGACCUCAAGAUCCUGGACAUCCCGAGUGGCAGAGGGACCAUGAGUAAUAACAGUGAGGUCAAGCUGUUCACUCUGCCAGCCGAGGAGAAAGGCCCCGUGACCUUGAGUGCCCCCAUCACCAUCCUACGCAGAGGAACACCCCUCAACUCUAAAGCUCCAUCCCAGCCCCCCCUCCAGCCGGCCCCCCGGCGGAUCGGCGCCCGUAGCAGUUCCACAGGCCUCCCCAGUCGCCCGAAGGAUGACGAGUGUUUCGGAGAUGGUACUGACGAGGGCCUGGACUCUGACUUCGACUUCGAGGGCAACCUGGCACUCUUCGACAAGGCUGCUGUUUUCUCACAGAUGGAGCGUCAUGGCAACGGGUCACGGCAACGGAGCACACCCAGCAACCCGGACGGGCCCUGCUACCGGCACACUGACAACGUCCUGGAGGGGCAGCCCGUGGUCUACAGACGCAUCACGGUUCCGCAGCAUGGGGGGAAAGAGUACUGCACUGACUCUGGGCUGGUGGUCCCCAGUGUUCCCUAUGAGCUGUACAAGCGUCUGCUGCAGGUGUCUGAGGAGCACGGCGUCUCUCUGGAGCGCCGCCUAGAGGUCACCGGAGUGUGUGCCAGCCAGAUGGCCCUCACGCUGCUGGGAGGGCCCAACCGGCUCAACCCCAAAAACUCGCACCAGCGCCCCACGGUGGUGCUCCUGUGUGGGCCGCACGUGCAGGGCGCCCAGGGGGUCAGCUGCGGCCGCCACUUGGCCAACCACGAGGUGGAGGUCAUCCUCUUCCUGCCCAAUUUCGUCAAGAUACAGGAGGCCCUCACCCACGAGCUCAGCCUGUUCGGACGGGCCUGGGGCAGACAGGUGUCAGGCAUCAGAGACCUGCCAAUGAGCCCGGUGGACCUGGUGGUCAAUUGUCUGGACUGCCACGAGAAUCCGCACCUGAGAGACCAGCCUUGGUACCGGGCAGCAGUCCACUGGGCCAACCAGAACCGCGCGCCGGUUCUGAGCAUCGACCCGCCGGUGACUGGGCCGAGUCAUGGCCCGGCCGUGGAGGCCAAGUGGUCGCUGUGCCUGGGCCUUCCGCUGGCCCUGGGGGAGGGCGCGGGUCGGGUCUACCUGUGUGACGUGGGGCUGCCCAGACAGGUGUUCCAGGCGGUGGGCAUCAACUACCUGUCACCCUUUGGCUGCAAGUUUGUGAUUCCCCUGCACUCGGCCUGACGCGCUGACUCUGCCCUUUUGUUCUGCACACACACACACACACACACACACACGCACACACAUGCAC